UCGGCUUUGCAUCGCCAACGGUCGUAGGUCGCGCGCGGACUUUGGCCACGAAACGCGCUCGUCAAAAGUCGUACGCGUUAUGAUGACACGUACUACCGGUGUACGCGCAUCGUGAAAAACCCGUAUACAGGUCGGGGGGGUUGAAAUUUGCAAGAGAUCGCACGCGGACAGCAGCAAACGACGAGACUAUGUCAUCGAUAUAACACAAUAUAUACCAACGCGAUCGCCGAUUGUGUAUACCGAUAAUACCGAGUCGUAUACCGUAGUGUACGUAGUAGAACGCUAGUGACUACGGCGAUGACGACGACGACUUAACGAUCGACGAAAGGCUGUUGUUUGUUUGCGUGCAGUUCGCGAUCCAUACCGCUCAUGAUAUAUAUAUAUAUAUAUAUCAUCGCUGCAGUACAUUUACUUAAUAUAUAUAUAUCAUGAUAUUUUGAUCGUUCAGUUUUCCGAUCAACCGGCGAAUUCGAUCGGUUAAACAAAGACAGUAAUACUCAUAUUAUUAUUAUAAUAUAGUGGUGCGAAGACCGCGCGACACACGUGCGUUUCACUCUCGGCACGUGCUGCGCUACUAUCACUAUCGGUGUUCCGAUGGGGUGGACGUUACAACAGCCCAGGUCCCGUCAUUUGUUAUUGUUAUUCAUAACGUUCGCGUCAUGCAUCACAGUCGUGUUCAUCUCCAAGUCGGAUACCAGAGAUUUAUACGACCACAGUUCGGUGACGUAUAAGAUGGCGGAAAUGGAAAUGCGUGUAGAUCACUUGACCAGAUUGUACGAACUGAAAGACAAAGACGUUCAAGAACUAAUCAAGCAUUUCAGCUCGGUUCUCAAAACGAUCGUCAAGUCAUUGAACGUUUCCGUUUCCGAAGAUAUAGAAUCCUUAAUGAUUGCUUACAACAAGUCCGUGGAAAUGGUCAGGUCGCCGAUGGCACAUUUCGACGUGUACACAUUCUUACCCCAUCUGCGGUCCCACGAGAAUUAUUUGAAGCCGUUGAUAUUACAUUCCGGAGGCAGAAAUGCAGUGUCUAUGGUGUUUGGAGUUCCUACUGUUCGUCGCCAACAACAGACUUACUUGAUACAGACGUUGAUUAACAUCGUAAGCAACAUGAAUCAAACUGAACAGAAGGAUUCGUUAAUAGUAGUGAUGAUUGGCGAAAUCGAUCAGCAAUACACGCAACAAGUAACUGCGGAAAUCAAAAAUCGGUUACCGGAAGCAGUGAACUCGGGUCUCGUGGACAUAAUCGCUCCGUCCCCGGAAUACUAUCCAGAUUUCAGCAAACUUCGCAUUACGCUCGGUGACUCCGAAGACCGGGUCCGGUGGAGGAGCAAACAAAAUUUAGAUUAUGUUUUCUUAAUGAUGUACUGCCAACCGAAAGGAUCAUUUUAUGUUCAACUCGAAGAUGACGUAGUCGCAAAGCCGCAAUUCCACACUAUUAUGAAAAAAACGGCGUUGCAGAGGAUAGCCGACGGACAAGAGUGGUUCAUAUUAGAUUUCUGUCGACUUGGUUUUAUCGGCAAAAUGAUGAGAUGUUCUGAUUUGCCAUGGCUGAUUCAAUUCAUCGUGAUGUUUUAUAACGAUAAACCAGGAGAUUGGCUUCUAGACGGGAUGAUGGAGACAAAAGCUUGUAAUCUCGAAAAAGAUCUCAGAGAUUGUCGAAAACGAAAAGACGAAAUAUGGGUAACAUUUAGACCGUCUCUUUUUCAACAUAUCGGAACCAGGUCAUCGUUGAAUGGCAAAAUUCAACUGUUGAAGGAUAGCCUUUUCAAGAAAAGCGUCAACGUAAAACGCAUAAAUAAAAUCAGAGGAAAAUGACCUAUGGCAAGGUACAGGUUACCUGUAGCGAAAAUCAAAAAAAGAUCUCAUCAAACGAUGAUGAUAUAAUUAGAAUAACAAUGAAUCGUCUGUGAUUGCUCGAGUGAAAUAAUUUAUUAAUAAUAUGUAAGCACACCUAUUGUUUUGUAUGAAAGUUCAAAUUUAAACGUUGUCCGUAUGACUGUAUAAUAAUAAUUUAACUCGAUAUAUAUAUAUGCAUAUAUUUCUAUAUAUAUAUAUAGAAAUAAUAUAAUUACUGGUUACUUUAAAUUAUUGAAACGCAUAAUUAUUGUUAUUGAGACGUGUUUGUUAUUCGUGCGAGGUUUACAUUUGCGUAUAGCAUUUAUUUCCACUCAAUUUACGCCAAAAAUAAACAAUGACACAUUGACAUCUGAGACAAAAACAUUUUUCAACAAUAUAAAACGUGUACAAAUUUACAACAUUUGUAGGAUAACAGAUUAUAACAAAAAAAUACACGAUUAUUCAGGGUUAAUUUAAGGGACCUAAUUAUUUUAGUGUUUAAUAUUUUCAUUAAAUGCGUAUACUAUAGCUGAUAUAUUAUUAUUAUGUUCGUAGAAAUAAUUAAAUGUGUCACUUUGAAAAUUGUAUUGUACUUGAUUAAAAUAUGUGCCCAAGUGAUAACUAUAUUUUGUAGAAUAUGAUGUCUAGAUGAUUCAAAAGAAAAAUUAAAACUACCAAGUAUACGUUAAAUUAUUAAAUAUUUACUUAUCGAA